AUGGCCACGCUGAGUGUCGAGGGUCAAUCCUGCCACAGGUUGAAGUUGAAGGCACUGAUAUUAAAGCAAGGCUGGCAAGCAAAACCCAAACCGACUGUGAGUGUGGAUCAGAGCUCCAUCUACACUGGAGACAGAGUUACUCUGAGCUGUGAUCUGCAGGCGAGACCAAAACCCACACUGACAGUCCAUCCAGCUGAGAGUGUGUUCAUUGGGGAAAGCGUCACUCUUACAUGUGAGAUACAGCCUGGAGGAUCCUGGCAGUACCACUGGUAUAGAGAUAAAACAGAACUUACUACUGGAAUAGAGGAUAGAUACACAAUCACUGAUGUUAAAGAGUCUGAUGAAGGUGAUUAUACAUGUAAAGGAACACAAUCAUCAGACCCAAAAUACACAGAGACCAGUGCUGCUGUUACACUGACUGUAUCAGAAAAACCCAAACCGACUGUGAGUGUGGAUCAGAGCUCCAUCUACACUGGAGACAGAGUUACUCUGAGCUGUGAUCUGCAGGGUCCUGGAUGGACUUUUCUCUUUUAUGAAGAUCAGACAUCAACUCCUCUCUCUGAAAAAGCUCCAGUUGCUAACACACAUGAAGUAACAAUCUCUAAUGUAGGACAAACAACAUACUACUGUAAAGCACUCAGGGGAAACUACGAGUCAGACAACAGCGAUCCAGCCACGAUUACAGUGACAGCAAGACCGCAGCCUGUAGUGAAAGUCCAUCCAGCUGAGAGUGUGUUCACUGGGGAAAGCGUCACUCUCACAUGUGAGAUACAGACUGACGGAUCCUGGCAGUACCACUGGUAUAGAGAUAAUAAAGAACUUACUACUGGAAUAGAGGAUAGAUACACAAUCACUGACGUUAAAGAGUCUAAUAAAGGUGGUUAUACAUGUAAAGGAACACAAUCAUCAGACCCAAAAUACACAGAGACCAGUGCUGCUGUUACACUGACUGUAUCAGAAAAACCUAAACCUGAACUCACAUCAAGUCUUACAGGAGACGUCCUGACAGGAAACUCAGUGACUCUGACCUGUACACUGAAUCUGCAGUCUUAUGGAUGGAGGUUUUACUGGAUUAAAGACACACAGAGCAAAGAGACUAAAACUGAAACAUUUAACUUCACCACCAGAUCAGUUAGAGUCUCUGAUGGAGGUCAGUACAGGUGCAGAGCUGGAAGAGGAAACCCAGUCUACUACACACAAUACAGUAAAGAAUUCUCACUAAAGGUUAAAGAGAUUAAACCUGUGGUGAUUAUAAAUCCUGAUACACAGGUGUACAGAGGAGAGAGAGUGACUUUCAGGUGUAACAUACAGACAGGAGGAGACACUGAGUGGACAUACAGCUGGUAUAAGAAUGAGAACACACAGACCCCACACCGCACAACACAGGAGUUUACAGUAGAUAUUACAGAACAGUACAGGAGUUAUUAUGAGUGUAAAUACACCUGCAGAGGAACGAGGAAAAGAGACUCUCAGAUCUCACAGAUCAGUGAUCCUGUUACACUCUCUGUAUCAGAAAAACCUAAACCUGUGAUCACAUCCAGCCGUAAAGGAGAAACACUGACAGGAAACUCAGUGACUCUGACCUGUAGACUGAAACUGCCGUCUGCUGGAUGGAAGUUUUACUGGAACAAAGAGAGACAGAGCAAAGAGACUGAGACUUCCACAGACUCCCACACCAUCACACCAGUUAGAGUCUCUGAUGGAGGUCAGUACAAGUGCAGAGCUGGAAGAGGAAACCCAGUCUACUACACACACUACAGUGAUGCACUCUGGGUAAAUGUUAUUGAGAUUAAACCUGUGGUGAUUAUAACUCCUGAUACACAGGUGUACAGAGGAGAGAGAGUGACUUUCAGGUGUAACAUACAGACAGGAGGAGACACUGAGUGGACAUACAGCUGGUAUAAGAAUGAGAACACACAGACCCCACACCGCACAACACAGGAGUUUACAGUGGAUAUUACAGGACAGGACUGGAGUUAUUACAGUCCCAUAUGCAGAGGGACGAGAAAAAGUGACUCUCAGAGCUCAGAGAAGAGUAAAGCUGUUCAACUCUCUGUAUCAGCAAAACCUAAACCUGUGAUCACAUCCAGCCGUAAAGGAGAAACACUGACAGGAAACUCAGUGACUCUGACCUGUACACUGAAUCUGCAGUCUGCUGACUGGAAGUUUUACUGGAUCACACCCACACAGAGCACUGAGACUGAGACUCCCACACACUCCCACACCAUCACACCAGUUGGAGUCUCUGAUGGAGGUCAGUACAAGUGCAGAGCUGGAAGAGGAAACCCAGUCUACUACACACACUACAGUGAUGCACUCUGGGUAAAUGUUACUGAGAUUAAACCUGUGGUGAUUAUAAAUUCUGAUACACAGGUGUACAGAGGAGAGAGAGUGACUUUCAGGUGUAACAUACAGACAGGAGGAGACACUGAGUGGACGUACAGCUGGUAUGAGAAUGAUAACACACAGACCCCACACCGCACAACACAGGAGUUUACAGUAAUUAUUACAGAACAGGACUGGAGUUAUUAUGGGGGUAAAUACACCUGCAGAGGGACGAGAAGAAGUGACUCUCAGAUCUCAGAGAUGAGUGAAGGUGUUACACUCUCUGUAUCAGAAAAACCUAAACCUGAACUCACAUCAGACCUUAAAGGAGCUGCACUGACGGGAAACUCAGUGACUCUGACCUGUAGACUGAAGCUGCCGUCUGCUGGAUGGAAGUUUUACUGGAUUAAAGACACACAGAGCAACGAGACUGAGACUGGAACAUUUCACUACUUUAUCAGAUCAGUUAGUGUCUCUGAUGGAGGUCAGUACAGGUGCAGAGCUGGAAGAGGAAACCCAGUCUACUACACGAACAGCAGUGAUGCACUCUGGGUAAAUGUUACUGGUGAAUCUCCUCUAGUGUCUCUGAUCAUCAGUCCCAGCAGAACUCAACACUUUACUAAUGACUCUCUCUCACUGAGCUGUGAGGACCAGAGAGACUCUACAGGAUGGACAGUGAGAGGACACACAAAUGGGACACUGUUUAAUUGUUCAUUAGUUUCAGGAUCUACAUGUAACAUCAGCUCCCUCUCUACAUCACACACUGGAGUUUACUGGUGUCAGUCUGAAUCUGGAGGACGCAGUAAUUCUCUCAACAUCACAUUGCACAAUGGUGAUGUGAUCCUGGAGAGUCCUGUCCAUCCUGUAACUGAGGGAAAUCCUCUGACUUUACGCUGUUUAUAUCGCAACACAAACAUCUCAGAGUCUGGUGCUGAUUUCUAUAAAAAUGAUUCAGUUCUCCAGAAGCAGACUACAGGAGAGAUGACCAUCAGUAGUGUCUCGAAGUCAGAUGAAGGUUUCUACCACUGUACACACCCAGAGAGAGGAGAGUCACCGAAAAGCUGGGUUUCAGUCAGAGUUCUCUCACAUGAAAAAGCUCAACUGUCAGUACUGAAGCUCCUCAGCAGUGUGGUAGCGGCCUCUCCGUAUGUGCUGGUGACCAUCAUUCUGGCAGUGAAAUGUUACAGAGCUCGAACUGAACCUACUGAGAACAAAAGACCAGAAUCAGUGAUAGAGGCCGAAGCAUCUUCCUGAGUUUUUCAGAGUCUUCUUUUUUCUUUUUUUUUAAUAAACUAGCUUUUAAAAAACAACAGUCCCAA